UUCAUCACAAAAUUUGUUGAUGUUUAAAUUUAUGACCUCUGCUGCUUCUAAGACACGUUAUGUACACAUUAACGGAUUAAUUUGAUCAUGUUUCGCUUAUUUUCCUACCAGUUUUCUCACAAGUUUUACCUGAUACUCACUUGAAGUGAUCGUUCCAGCUUGCAGAAGAAAUGCAUCCGAAAAAUCGGUGUCCAGCUGAUCCAUCUUUUCACGGUAUUCGGAGUCGAAAAGCGAAACGGAUUGUGAAUAAAAACGGCGAUCGAAAUGUGCUUUUUACUAAUAUACCGGAUCGGGCUACCAAAUAUUUUAGGGAUGUUGUCACAACGCUGAUUGAUGCUCAAUGGCGAUUUUUUCUCACACUUUUUUCAUUGAGCUAUAUGUCCUCUUGGUUCAUAUUUGCCGUUUGCUGGUACCUAAUUUCGCAUACCCACGGAGACCUAAACCGAAAUUCAGCCGAAAUAGAUGAUAUUCGUUGUGUCGUCGGAUGUAAGAGUUUUGCCGAUUUUUUUCUGCUAAGUUUGGAAACUCAGGUCUCAAUUGGAUACGGUGCUAAAUAUGUGACAGAGGAAUGUCCCGAAGGAGUUUUCCUAAUCACUUUUCAAGUAAUCGUCGGUAUUUGUAUCAACGGAGCGAUGGCCAGUCUAGUCUACGCUAAGAUGACUAAACCAUCCAAGCACAUAGGUGUCAUGAAUUUUAGCAGAAAGGCUGUUAUUUGUCAGCGCAAUUCCAAACUUUGCCUAAUCUUUCGAAUCUGUGAUAUCGAUCAUGCUCAUGUGGUAGGAACGAAAAUCACUGCAUUUUGGUUCGAGGAACGAUUUUCGCCCGAAGGUGAAAAACUGAAGAACCUGCAACAUACGUUGAAGCUGCAGAAUGAUGGAAGCGUUUUUUUGAUAUUUCCAACAACAAUUUGCCAUGUGAUUGAUGAGACAAGCCCACUGUAUAAUUUAACACAAAAACAAUUACACGAAAAGAAAUUUGAAUUGCUCGUUGCAAUGACUGGAAGCUCACGAACAACGGGUCAGUUGACCCAAUGUCGGACAUCUUAUCUGCCACGGGAAAUUUUGUGGGGCAAUCGUUUUGUGAAUAUUGUUUCGUAUAACCGUUCAGCACAGGUGUACGAGGUGGACUAUGAUCGGUUUGACGAUGUGAUCGAGUUUGAUACUCCAUCAUUGAGUGCACGAGAACUGAACGAAGCCGUUGAGGAGAGUGAAAGUGACGAAGUACCAUCCGUUUACUACAACGAAAAUUUAAAUUACAUCGGACAUUGCGUAACAGAGGACUACGACAAGAUAACGGAACUCGAAACAUUCAGCCAACCGAGUGGCCUCAUCAGAUCGCAGAGUGAACAGUACACUAUUCGGUUGCAAGGCAUAUCUCAUGAGCGAUCGGUCAUCAGCGACAAAAUUAGUUACUAAAGCAAAUGUGAGUAAAUAAUGAAAUGGAAAAUAAAUUUUAAAAACUU